GGAAAGCAGACCAACUCGCGUGAACUCUUCCACCUGACAGGCUCGCGAGUGGAGCUGGGCCGCAGGCACUCAAGAUGGUGCAGGCUAAGAGCUGGACGCUGAAGAAGCACUUCCAAGGUCACCCUAAAGAUAGUAACUUUGAGCUGAAGACUACUGAGCUCCCACCCUUAAAAAAUGGAGAGGUCCUGCUUGAAGCAUUGUUCCUCUCCGUGGAUCCUUACAUGAGAGUGGCGGCCAAAAGAUUGAAGGAGGGUGACAUGAUGAUGGGACAGCAGGUAGCCAGAGUUGUGGAAAGCAAAAACUCAGCCUUUCCAACAGGAACGAUUGUCCUGACUUGGUCCGGCUGGACAACGCACUCCAUUUCUGAUGGGAAAAAAUUGCAAAAACUGCCUACAGAGUGGCCAGAUACAUUACCACUGUCUUUGGCUCUGGGCACAGUGGGCAUGCCAGGUCUAACUGCCUACUUUGGCCUACUGGAAAUCUGUGGUGCGAAGAGUGGAGAAACAGUGAUGGUUAACGCGGCAGCAGGCACAGUAGGCUCUGUUGUGGGGCAGAUAGCCAAGCUCAAGGGGUGCAAAGUUGUCGGAUCCGCAGGUUCUGAUGAAAAAAUUGCCUAUCUGAAAAAGCUUGGAUUUGAUGCUGCUUUUAACUACAAGACAGAAGAAUCUUUGGAGCAAGCUUUGAAAAAAGCCUCUCCUGAUGGGUACGAUUGCUAUUUUGAUAAUGUGGGUGGAGAGUUUUCGAACGCUGUUAUAUCCCAGAUGAAGACAUUUGGAAGAAUUGCAAUCUGUGGGGCAAUCUCUACAUAUAAUAGCACUUGCGCACCCCCGCCAGGCCCACCUCCAGAGAAGAUCAUCUACCAGCAGCUCCGCAUGGAAGGGUUCAUCUACAACCGCUGGCCUGAGGACAUGGCCCAGAAAGCUCUGAAAGACUUGCUGAAAUGGGUCUCAGAGGGUAAAAUCCAGUAUCAUGAAUACCUUAUUGAAGGAUUUGAAAGCAUGCCAGCAGCAUUCAUGGGAAUGAUGAAAGGAGAAAAUUUGGGGAAGACAAUAGUGAAACCAUGAAGAAAAAUCAUGGAAUCAUCACUGGAUGAUUAGCUCUUUACUAUUUGGUAAAAAUGUGUACUGCCUAAAUUAUCUAAGAACCAGCAACUGUAAUGAGGUUGAUCUACCUAAAAUACACUCCAGUGAGCUGUGAUUAGUGAUGGAGUGUGAAAAUUUCAUGAACAACAAUCAGCCAUCUCUCUACCUUCUGUGGUUCUACCUUUUGGUGGUAAAAUAAUAAUAAUAAUAGCGGUUUUUGAGUCCAAAAAUCUGCCUGUGACUUUGGAUUUCUGAUUUCUCAUCAGUAAAAUGAGGGUGUUAGCUAACACCCUGCAAAAGUGGGUGAAAUUGAAGUCUGAAGAUCGCCCCUAGUACUUAUGUUGACACCAGGCUGACGUCAGAGGUCUAAGGGCCCAUACUGCUGUGCUAUAGUUGAGUCUAAUAAUGUAACAGACCAAGGACUGAAUCUUUCAUUGACAAACACUGCCAAAAAUUAAAAAACAUAACACUGGGAAUAUAUAUGCAUAUAUUCAUGAUUUAAAUCUUUCACUUACCAAGGAAUAUAAAAGGUGUAAACAUAUAGGAAGAUAUCUUGCCAUGGUUUAGAAAGGAGGGGAAGAGAAGCAAGAAAGACUAAUAAAGGGUGCAUUUGAUUAGAGUACCUUAUAUGCAUAUAUGGAAAAACACAGUGAGACUACUGUAUGACUAGUAAAUUAAAAAUUUAAAGGUGCCAUGCUUUUUGGACAAGAAGAUUUAGUAUCAGAAUGACGUCCAUUUGGCUGAUCAGUUCUGCCAUCGUAGACAUUGAGAGGUUACAUAAAAUUGUAACACAAGGAACUAAUGAGGGAAAAGGUGCAUCUGUAAAAAACUCUGGAAAGUGACUAUUACUGCCUUCAAAGAAAAACGGAGGGCUGGGGUGUGGGUCAAGUUUACUGGAGACUUCUGGAAGGACUGGGAUUAGAGAAAUCUUUAUACUGUAUAAUCUUUUGCACUGUUUGAAAUCUGAAUUUUAUGCAUAUACUCAAAUACAAUUA